CUCGGAUUGCGACAAAAAAGCAGGUGAUGCGGUGCCUUAUCCCUUGAAGUGAUCUUACUCGUCCCCUCGUGACCACCAGUCCACCACGAUUCUCUACUUUCUUCCCAAGCCCCCACUCGCUUUCUCGCCAUAUCAGCAAAUCACCCCUUUUCUGGGUUUCUCCUGUUGCUUUUCCACUCAUUCUCAGUCAUCACUCCAUCUAAACUUGUGUUUUUGGAGGUUCGAACUAGUAGGGAGAGAGAUGGGUUCGCAAGGAGAUGUGAGGAAUGGAGAAGAAGAGAACAUGGCAGCUUGGCUGGUCGCAGUCAACACCCUCAAGAUUCAACCUUUCAAGCUCCCUUCACUGGGUUCUUCUUUAUCUCUUACUUAUUCCUCUGGUUUCUUUUACUGCAAACUACUGAUAUUCCUCUGCAAAUAGGAUGAUAACACAUAAACCCCCUUUCGGCCUAGUGGGUUUUGCUUUGAUUGAAUUAAUUAACUUCUCUACACUCUUCUAGUUGAUUCGAUUCUAAAGUUGAAAGCUUUGUGCUGUCUUAGGACCGCAUGAUGUUAGAGUAAGGAUGAAAGCUGUUGGAAUCUGUGGGAGUGAUGUUCACUACCUUAAGGUCACCUUCUUUGGUCCGUUAUUCCUUGAUUAUUACGAUUGAUUAAUACCCGCAUUAGAGAGGAUUGUAACUGGAUUCCCCACUACCUAGUUUCUCCCCUAUCAAGUGGGAACUCUAUUCUGAAUUGGGACCAAGUUGUUGAAAAAAUGGAUGAUUUGUCCUUACCAUCGUCCUGUCAAUCUUUUUGCAGACCUUGAGAUGUGCACAUUUUGUGGUGGAAGAACCAAUGGUGAUUGGCCACGAGUGUGCUGGAAUCGUGGAGGAGAUUGGUAGUGAAGUAACCCAUCUUGUUCCGGGGGAUCGCGUAGCACUAGAGCCCGGGAUCAGCUGCUGGAGAUGCAGCUACUGCAAACAAGGCAGCUACAAUCUCUGUCCCGAGAUGAAGUUCUUCGCAACUCCACCUGUUCAUGGCUCUCUGGCCAAUCAGGUGGUGCAUCCAGCAGACCUUUGUUUCAAGCUGCCGGAGGAUAUCACCUUGGAGGAAGGAGCAAUGUGUGAACCCUUGAGCGUUGGGGUCCAUGCUUGUCGUCGAGCCAAUGUUGGUCCCGAGACUAAUGUCUUGAUCAUGGGAGCUGGGCCCAUUGGCCUCGUCGCGCUGCUGGCUGCUCGUGCUUUCGGGGCACCAAGGGUUGUUAUUGUGGAUGUGGACGAGUUUCGCUUAUCUGUUGCCAAGGAUCUUGGUGCUAGUGAGACUGUUAAAGUUUCUACCAAUGAGGAGGAUGUGGCUGGAGAAGUGGAACUGAUAAAGAAAGCCAUGGGAGAAUCAGUGGACAUAACUUUGGAUUGUGCAGGCUUCAACAAGACCAUGACGACUGCACUGAAUGCCACGAGGCCAGGUGGCAAAGUGUGUCUCGUGGGAAUGGGUCACAAUGAGAUGACAGUGCCACUCACUCCUGCAGCAGCAAGGGAGGUAGACGUGGUUGGCGUGUUUCGGUACAAGAACACAUGGCCGCUGUGCAUAGAGUUCUUGAGGAGUGGGAAGAUAGAUGUGAAGCCGCUGAUAACUCACAGGUUUGGCUUUUCACAGAAGGAGGUUGAAGAUGCGUUUGAGACCAGCGCUCGUGGUGGGUCUGCCAUCAAAGUCAUGUUUAACCUCUGAGCAUUGAAGAAAUAUUGAAACGAGAGAGAAAAGGCUUACAUAUGAUUAUACAGGUCCUAUUUUUUCUUUUUCUUUUUCAAAAGAUAAUCAUAUAUUGAUACUAAAAAAGAUCAUUACACCAUUUGCCGCA